AUGACGAGACAGGUGAGUGGUCAGUCAACCUUUGUGCUGGCCCCAGCUGUUGUUGAGGACAUGACUCACGCGGGCUGUGAGCGGCCACAGGACAAGGCAAGGGAGGACAGGUUGAACAUCUUCAAGAAGAUACAAAAUGUUCAACCUCGGGAAGCCCCUGUUUCUACUGUCAGCUGUGCUUUGUGUGUGUACCACUAUUUCCCCCAGCUGAGUCACGUGAGCACAAAAACCCCCGCGCAUGUUCAGGGUGAGGCGGCCCGUGACGUCAUCCGUCGCCUGGUCCUUGACAGAGCCUCGGACUUUGAGGUCAAGGUCGAUCAAAAUAUGGGUCCGAGACACAGGGACACGUUUAAGCCACCCUCUUCCACACCCUUCACCAGAGAGCCAGAGUACAUCAGGUCGGCAGGUAGUGCUGUGUACAAAGGGAUGAUAGCCGGAGAUCCUGACGCUGUGUGGCUCAUGCAGGGCUGGCUGUUCCUUGACCCUUUUUGGCAAGCACCGCAGGUCAAGGCUUUGGUCACCUCAGUGCCUAUUGGUCGUAUGAUCGUCCUUGACCUUGCCUCAGAGUUGAGUCCAGUGUUCAGCAGAUUCGAGUCGUACUACGGUCAACCGUUUAUCUGGUGCAUGAUUCACAACUUUGGCGGGACCAACGUACUCUACGGGGCCGUGGAACAAAUUAAUGUGGGCCCGUUUCACGGACGUAGGUUCCCCAACUCCAGCAUGGUCGGCAUCGGCCUCACUCCCGAGGGAAUCAAUCAGAACGAGGUCAUGUACGAGUUUAUGCUGGAGAACGCCUGGAGGACGGAGCCCAGGGACGUUGACCAGUGGUCAGUAGACGAUGGGAAUCUUGUGAAGGUGGGCUUAGGGCACCAACAGAAGCUGUCAGACCUGUGCAAUAUUCUACAGAGUGUGGCUGAGGCGCAGUUCCGUGAGCUGCGGAGGUCACCUGUUGGCUUUGGGCUCUCCACCAACUGGGUGGUCAGCUUCGCCAGACAGCGCUACGGAGCAGACAACACAGCUGUGACCCGUGCGUGGAGGCGUCUUAUCAGCUCGGUUUACAACUCCACCAAGGCGCAUUUUGAUUUCAACAACGUGCUCAUCACCAAGAGGCCGUCCACUAGUUACGAUGUAGGAUCUGAUAUCUGGUACAAACCCAGAGACCUUUUCCAGGCCUGGGAGGGUUUUGUCAACGCUUCUCCCGACCUGGCGGAGAGUCAGCUGUUCCAGUAUGACGUCACAGACGUGACGAGGAACAGUCUGCAGGUCAUCUCCCUCUACCACUACUACGUCAUGAUGUCGGCUUUCCAGGGGAAUGACCCUGCGGGAGUCCAAGCUGCCGGGGCCAAAAUAAGCGAACUGCUGACCGAUAUGGACCUUGUGCUCAGCGCCAACGAUCGCUUCUUGGUGGGACGGUGUAUCGCAGACGCCAAGUCGUGGGCGACUGACGCAGACGAGAUGAGGCUGCUGGAGUACAACGCCCGGAACCAGAUCACUUUAAUAUCGAUUAUGCGUCCAAGCAGUGGGCAGGAUUCACUGCAGAGUGACGUCAUUGCCAUCUCCCAAGCCCUGUUUGCCAAGUACCGGCCAAUAACUCUCCACCCGUUCUUUUGA